GGAAAAGUAUUACUGCCUUCAUCACUUCAUACUGACGGGCUAAAAUUCUGAUCACUGGUGCGGGAUAAGGUUACACAAAUAAAGGUGGGGAUCAAAUGGUCACGUAUUGCACCUGUUGCUAGCCUAUCUUUUUUAUUUUACACAAGGGUUUAUUUCCCAAGGCGGACUUCAUGUAACUUUUAAACUCGAAAUACGAAGUCAUGGACAAACCCAGCCUCCAGAGACUGUUUUCAACGUGUGACAUUAAUAAAUCUGGUGUGAUUGAAUACGAAGACUUUACAGUUGUUUGUCGAGAGCUGAAUGUACCUGAAGAAGAAAUUAAAACUUUAUUCAACAAAUUCGGCGCUAGUGAAGAUGGAUGUAUUAAUUACAGCAAUUUUUCAUCACGGUUUCAAGAGGUUUCAGAAACAUUGGAUUUGGCCUCUUUUGGAGCGUCUCCUCAAAGUCAAGGGAGUCCCUGGGAAGAGUUUCAGAGCAGGAUGGACGAUGCAACCGGUCUCCUCUCAGGAAGACUGCGGGAUCAGUUGGCUGAACUUCACCAAGCCAUGUACAUCGCAGAACCUUUGUUGUUGCAACAAUAUGAGGGACUUGUCGAUGCUCUUGUCAGUGAAAGCAAGGACCACAGGCUUGAGAGUGAGCAGCUGGAAACCAGUUUGAGAAGAACAGAGGAGCUGAACACCAGUCAGUUGACAGAGUUGGAGGAUGACAUGCAGCAGCAGCUUGCCUGUGUAGAGGUCAGGGUGAGAGAAGAGGAGCAUAAGAGAAUGGAGGGAGUCAUGGCGGCACUCCAGAGAAGGCAUGAGAAUGAGGUGGCAGACCUGCAUACUGUUAUGGACAGGUUGUUAAAGUCCCAAGGGGAAUCUGAACUCAACAGUUCCAGGCAGGAUGUUGACAAACUACAGAACCAAAUAAGUGAACUGACUCAGGAAAAGGAGCAGUUACGGACUUCUCUCUUCAAAGCGCAGACAAACAUCUCCAUUCUGCAGGUAGAGAUGGACAAGCUGAAGAACAUGUAUGCAGACCAGAAACUUCAGCAUGAGAGAGAAAGUGAUGAACUGAAAAAGAUGGUUAUUGAAUACCAGUCUUACUCCAGUCACAUUGAAAUUCUCCAGGCCAUGAACAAAAAGCUGUAUGACAGCAAUGAUGGCUUGCGCUCUGCCUUAGUCAACGAUGUGGCAUCAAGUAAAAGGAGGCUAUCCCCCAACAAUGAAAUCCCAGCUCGAAGAAUGAAGCCAGUUCGACAAAGCACGCUUAUAAAUUCAGAGGGAGCGCACACAACUGUAGGAUCCAGUAAAACGACCAACUCCCAUGUAGCCAGCUGGGCUGAUACAUACCCGGACAGCGGUGUGUCCCUGCCUAUGGACACUACUGAAAGCUCAGGCAGCGAGUCUGACAGUGAUGACUCUACAGAAACAGUACACCACAGUUAUUCAUAUGUGCCCUCAGACAUUGAGAUAUCAGAUGUGAAAUUGGAAGCAAGUCAGGCAAUACUGUCUGUAGCUCCCAGCAAAGCUAGUUCCAUUGCGUCAUCCAUCCGGAGACGCUUGUCUGCUUUCCCAAUGAAGCAAACAGAAGCAGACCUUGUUGACACUGGUGGCCCUGAGUGCCCUGGUCCCAUGUACCGGUUAGUUUUGGCGGGAGAUGCAGGAUCAGGGAAGUCCAGCUUUCUAUUGCGGUUGAGUCUCAAUGAGUUCAGGGGAGAUAUUCAGACGACGUUGGGUAAGUACAUGUACAGUAAGUUUUUAGUAGUGGUAGAAUGCAGAAAGUGCAUUACUGUUUCCAUUACAAUGUUGUUCUUAGGAGUUGAUUUCCAAAUCAAGAAGAUGUUGGUGGAUGGAGAAAAAACAAACCUCCAGAUAUGGGAUACUGCUGGACAAGAGAGGUUCCGCAGUAUUGCCAGGUCUUAUUUCCGUAAAGCCCAUGGAGUCUUACUGCUGUAUGAUGUCACUUCUGAAAGCAGCUUCCUUAAUGUCAGAGAGUGGAUGGACCAGAUUCAGGAAUCCACAGAUGAGCAACUCCCAAUGUGUGUGAUUGGGAAUAAAGUGGACCUGCGGGAAGAUCGACCAGAGGGAAGCUGUGUCAGCACUGUUGACGGGGAAAGGCUGGCAAGGACAUACAAUGCCCUGUUCUGUGAAACUAGUGCUAAAGAGGGAACUAAUAUAGUGGAGGCAGUACUUCACCUGGCAAGAGAAGUUAAGAAAAAUGUGAAACUGAGACGGCAAUCAGAGUCACAGGUGAAGUUGAGUUUAAGCAGUUCAAAGAAAGCGCUGACCAACUGCUGCAGAGUGUAACCAUGGAGGCCCAUCACUUCACCCUAUGGAAUGCAUCUGACUGGAGACAAUUUUAGCACCACAGCUUUUGUCAUUGAGAACUUGUCAUGCAGAGCUGUUUUGUGUAACAAAUCUCCUGAGAUUACUGUAGAUAUGUCUAAUUCAUAUUUUAAAUGUAAUCAAAGUAAUGGCACAACUGACCUGGAGCAUGUAGAUCUCCAAUGAAUGUAUUUGAAUGGGACGUACGGUUCCUAAAUAGUUUGCAUGUAUCCGUUGUACACAUCAGGAAUUUACUGUAUUCAGAAAGGCUCAGUUGAAACUACAAUGCUAAUGAUGUGGUUAGAAACAAGUACAUUUUACAAUGGGGUGCUUUCAGUAUUUAUGUCAGCUGAUUUUAUUUGUUUUAAUUGAAUAAACUUUCUGUACAGAG